AUGCUUCAGUCACAUGACGAUGAGUUUUCAGAAGAUUUAAAGGAAUCUAAUCUAUUGGGGAAGCUACAUCAAAACGAUAUCAUAGAAAAAACACGAUUUAAUUUAUCUAUAGCUGCAGAUGUUUGUUCGAAUUCAACAAAAAAUACUUCUGUUUCACAAACAGGUUUUUUGAAUAAUACACUACCUUAUGGUAGUCAGUUUGCUAAAUCAAAUUCCCCGGACUCAAGUGCAGGAGGCGAAGCCGCAACGAGUUCUCAGAUUUCAUCUCGUUCACAGCUACAUAUACAACAAAAUCAUCAUUUAGUACCACCAGCAGCAGAUCUCAGUUUUUAUGGCUUUUCUGAGAGCUUAUCCGAUCAGGAGAGAAUAAUUUUUUCAGAUGCGGACUCAUUUUUGAGGACAAAAGAUGUUGCAGAUAUAUGCAGUACUGAGUACAAUCAUAUGCAUGAAGAGUUUGCUGUUCGCAAAUAUUAUCAUCCCUUAUUUGCUCAUGGCAUUUGCCGCUGGCCAGGCUGUGAAAUGGACUUAGAAAAUAUUGCCUCCUUUGUACGGCAUCUUAAUUCAGAGCACGGCCUGGAUGAUCGUUCCACAGCCCAAGCUAGGGUUCAGAUGCAAGUUGUUUCACAACUGGAAUCACACCUGCAAAAAGAAAGAGAUCGAUUACAGGCUAUGAUGCAUCAUCUAUACUUAUCUAAGCAACUUUUAACUCCAACAAAACCAGAUCAUAAGGACAUAACGGAUAAGCAGGAACACUUUUGUAAUAUUAAUAGUCCUAUCACAAUAUCAAAUCUUGCUCAUUCUUUUCAACAAGGAAGUAGUUCGGGAUCAAUUACAAUGCCACUCGCGAACUCUACAAAUAUCUGCACCAUUAAGAAAAGAAAUAGUGAAAAAAGCACAUUUUCCGUUGCUGGAGGUCUGCCUUACAUGUUGGAAAGGGCUGGACUUGAUGUACAACAAGAAAUUCAACGAAACAGAGAGUUCUACAAAAAUGCGGACGUUCGCCCACCUUUUACAUAUGCAUCUCUAAUAAGACAAGCAAUUAUUGACUCUCCCGACAAACAGUUGACGUUGAAUGAAAUAUAUAACUGGUUCCAGAACACUUUUUGUUAUUUCCGCCGAAACGCAGCAACUUGGAAGAACGCUGUCCGUCAUAAUUUAUCGCUUCACAAAUGCUUUACGAGAGUAGAGAAUGUGAAAGGUGCGGUUUGGACUGUAGAUGAAAUCGAAUUUUAUAAACGGCGCCCACAGCGUACUUCAGCAGUUUCUAACACAAUAGCAUCAAUUACUGGUACAAGCAAUGCGACAAAUUCGAAUUAUUUUGUAAGCCUGAGCUUUGGGUAUGUGGGUUAA